AUGGUAUUACCAAUAAUACUAGGUAUUGGAGUUACAGUUUUAGCAUUAACAACAAAGGCAACAAUUCAAGCAUAUAGACAAUAUCUUCAUUUAACACCACAAAUGAUAGCAACAUUAAAUAAUAUAAAAUUAAUGAAUCCCGACGACUCAUCAUCAAAAUGGAUUAAAAAAUCAGAUCCAAAUUAUAAACAUUAUCAAUUCUUGAAACUGAAAUAUCCAAAUAAAAAUUUUAAUUCGACAAUGACUGAACAAGAAGCUUUAUUUAUUUUAGGAAUUGAAGGUGAUGAUAUAUUAAAUUUAAAUAGAAAUUUAAUUAGAUCAAGAUAUAGAAAAUUAAUGGGUGUAAAUCAUCCUGAUAAAAAUGGUAGUAUUUAUUUGAGUCAAAAAAUUAAUGAAGCAAAAGAUAUUUUAGAUAAAAGUUAUAUGGUUAAUAAAUAG